CUCCGUCUCUGCUCUAUUCCCGCUCACUCCCAGCUUAUAUAGCCAGCCGAGGUGGUGUGGUGCUAGUGGACAUUUCUCUGGUGAAAGAAUAUGGAAACAAUAGACCAAAGAAAAGUCACAUUCAAUUCCGACGUAGAACAGACCUUUCUUCUCGAUGGUACCUCCUAACUCUGAACGAAGAAAUAAACCUCCAAAUUGUUUGUGACACCCUAGAAGACCGAUGCGUGCUUACACCUUCAGAUAAAGACGACGUGUUACAACAAGGGACAUACAAAGACCGGAUCGACACGUGUAUACAACGGGUGCUUAAAACAUGCCCUGGUGGAUGUAACCAAUUCUGUGAAGUCCUGAAGGAUUGUGGGUACAAUCACGUUGUUGAAAGCCUGAGAACCGAAACCGAAGACGAGGACUCAAUCAGUAAAUGUACAAAAACAAAACUAAAUACAUUGAAUUCUGAAGAUUCUAAUGAAAAGGCUGCAAAGGAAAUUUCUAUGCCAUGGGAUGGUAACUCGCCUCUACAUACAUCAUACAGCGAGCGUGAGGAAAAAUUAGCCAUUGUCGGAGUGAAAAUGUCCCUCUCCACACUUUCAAAAGAUACUAAGGCCUCCCAGAGGGAGUUUAGUACAAUAAUACAAAGACAGUCUGAACUAGAGAAACAGUUAUCUGAAGUGAUGAAAACUCUGGACAGUGCUAAGGACGCAUUGAUACGCGAAAGGGAGGAGAAAGCCCAACUACUGCAGCAGCUACGCUUCAAAGACGACGAACUUGUAGAUAUGCAGAGAAAAUAUAGAGACUUGCAAAACGCCAUGGGAAAAUUAAAAGAAACAAACAACAGGUUCCAUGAAAGAGUCACAAAGUUACAAAUCGAAAACGACCAGUUAAGGAAGUCAGUAAAAGAUAGGUCAAACCUGCAGAUUGAUUUGACUGAAAAGAGCCAACAAAUAAAGGACUUGAAAAAAACGAUCGAAGAUCAAGAAAAACAAAUAACGAGCCAAGAGCACAUGAUUAACAAAAAACUGAACAUGAUCGAACAAUUGGCUUCCGAUCACCAGAGGCUAGCGGACGGACAAGUCAAAUUGGAAGACCUUCUGGUAAAGCAAAGCGAUAAUAUCAUGAAAUUGAGUUCAGAGAAAGAGAGCGCGCAUCAGCUGCUUGUCCAACAGCAGAAACAGCUUAAUUCUCAGCAGGCGUCAUUGGCCGUCUUACAGGAAAAUUUAGAGAGACUUGAAAUGACCGUGCUCACACAGCAAGAGCAACAGAACGUUCUGGCAAUAUUACCGCCAAGUGACCAAAAUUACCGCGGGAAGAAACAACCUACCACAACUAAACCAAUGAUGGUCAGGCCAUUCAAUGCGUCUGGAAAGGUGGAAAAUUCAAAAAAUUCGUUCUGGAAAAAUUCAAACGGUAACAAAUUGAAAUGAUUUUGUCUUCAAAACACAUUAUUUUUCAUGACGGACGCGUCUUUCAUUAUGCCUCUGUAUGAGGUGUUUGCUCUAUUCCUUUCUUUACGGACACUCACAACAAAAGUACAUUUGGCCAAAAAUAAACAAAACAGUUGAUCAUUUCACUGUUUGUGGGUGCCACUAUGGUUUACGAGAGGACACAUGGAAAUGGGUGUGAACGAAGAAUCAAAUACAACAAUUGUUUUCAAAAGUGUCACAACAAACCGCGAAAACAACAACUUUUUGAAAUGUAGUGUGUUGAAAUUCAGACAUUUUUAUCAUAAUAUUUGAAAAUAUAGAUAAGACAAUAGAUACAGGCAUACUGAAGUUGUAAAUUAAAUUACGCUAUUGGACAUUCAUACAAAAGGACUUCUGGGGUUUAUUUUUCAAUAAAUAAAAUCUGCAUUGAAAAUAUGAAGUGAUUAUAUUUUAACCAAAAGAAUCAUUAGUUCCAAAAAACAUUUCUAAUAUAUUCUUCCCAAAUCUGAAGUUCAAGUCAUGAUCAGCUAUUUAACGCAAUUUACGCCGACUAUAAACGCUAACACAUGUAUUUACUUUGCAAAAACGUCAGUGACUUUCUGAUUAAAACAUCCAACAAAUCUGUUCA